AUGUUGUUUGAAGUACAGCUCAUUGAAGUACAGCCCACUGAAGUACAGCCCAUUGAAGUACAGCCCAUUGAAGUACAGCCCACUGAAGUACAACCCAUUGAAGUACAGCCCACUGAAGUACAACCCAUUGAAGUACAGCUCAUUGAAGUACAGCCCAUUGAAGUACAGCCCAUUGAAGUACAGCCCAUUGAAGUACAGCCCAUUGAAGUACAGCCCAUUGAAGUACAGCCCACUGAAGUACAGCCAUUGAAGUACAGCCCAUUGAAGUACAGCCCAUUGAAGUACAGCCCACUAAAGUACAACCCAUUGAAGUACAGCCCAUUGAAGUACAGCCCACUGAAGUACAGCCCAUUGAAGUACAGCCCAUUGAAGUACAGCCCACUGAAGUACAACCCAUUGAAGUACAGCCCACUGAAGUACAACCCAUUGAAGUACAGCCCAUUGAAGUACAGCCCAUUGAAGUACAGCCCAUUGAAGUACAGCCCAUUGAAGUACAGCCCAUUGAAGUACAGCCCACUGAAGUACAGCCCACUGAACUCAUUGAAGUACAGCCCAUUGAAGUACAGCCCACUGAAGUACAAUCCUUUGAAGUACAGCCCACUGAAGUACAGCCCACUGAAGUACAGCCCAUUGAAGUACAGCCCAUUGAAGUACAGCCCAUUGAAGUACAGCCCACUGAAGUACAACCCAUUGAAGUACAGCCCACUGAAGUACAACCCAUUGAAGUACAGCCCAUUGAAGUACAGCCCACUGAAGUACAGCCCACUGAAGUACAACCCACUGAAGUACAACCCAUUGAAGUACAGCCCACUGAAGUACAGCCUACUGAAGUACAGCCCAUUGAAGUACAGCCCAUUGAAGUACAGCCCACUGAAGUACAGCCCACUGAAGUACAGCCCAUUGAAGUACAGCCCACUGAAGUACAGCCCACUGAAGUACAACCCAUUGAAGUACAGCCCACUGAAGUACAAUCCAUUGAAGUACAGCCCAUUAAGGUACAGCCCAUUGAAGUACAGCCCACUGAAGUACAGCCCAUUGAAGUACAGCCCAUUGAAGUACAGCCCAUUGAAGUACAGCCCACUGAAGUACAGCCCACUGAAGUACAGCCCACUGAAGUACAGCCCAUUGAAGUACAGCCCACUGAAGUACAGCCCAUUGAAGUACGGCCCACUGAAGUACAGCCCAUUGAAGUACAGCCCAUUGAAGUACAGCCCCCUGAAGUACAGCCCAUUGAAGUACAGCCCACUGAAGUACAGCCCACUGAAGUACAGCCCAUUGAAGUACAGCCCAUUGAAGUACAGCCCACUGAAGUACAGCCCAUUGAAGUACAGCCCAUUGAAGUACAGCCCAUUGAAGUACAGCCCACUGAAGUACAACCCAUUGAAGUACAGCCCACUGAAGUACAAUCCAUUGAAGUACAGCCCAUUGAAGUACAGCCCACUGAAGUACAGCCCACUGAAGUACAGCCCACUGAAGUACAGCCCAUUGAAGUACAGCCCACUGAAGUACAAUCCACUGAAGUACAAUCCAUUGAAGUACAGCCCAUUGAAGUACAGCCCAUUGAAGUACAGCCCAUUGAAGUACAGCCCAUUGAAGUACAAUCCACUGAAGUACAAUCCAUUGAAGUACAGCCCAUUGAAGUACAGCCCAUUGAAGUACAGCCCAUUGAAGUACAGCCCAUUGAAGUACAGCCCACUGAAGUACAGCCCACUGAAGUACAGCCCAUUGAAGUACAGCCCACUGAAGUACAAUCCACUGAAGUACAAUCCAUUGAAGUACAGCCCAUUGAAGUACAGCCCAUUGAAGUACAGCCCACUGAAGUAUAGCCCACUGAAGUACAGCCCAUUGAAGUACAGCCCAUUGAAGUACAGCCCACUGAAGUACAGCCCACUGAAGUACAGCCCAUUGAAGUACAGCCCACUGAAGUACAGCCCACUGAAGUACAGCCCAUUGAAGUACAGCCCACUGAAGUACAGCCCAUUGAAGUACAGCCCAUUGAAGUACAACCCAUUGAAGUACAGCCCACUGAAGUACAGCCCACUGAAGUACAGCCCAUUGAAGUACAGCCCACUGAAGUACAGCCCACUGAAGUACAGCCCAUUGAAGUACAGCCCACUGAAGUACAGCCCAUUGAAGUACAGCCCAUUGAAGUACAGCCCAUUGAAGUACAGCCCACUGAAGUACAGCCCAUUGAAGUACAGCCCAUUGAAGUACAGCCCAUUGAAGUACAGCCCACUGAAGUACAGCCCACUGAAGUACAGCCCAUUGAAGUACAGCCCAUUGAAGUACGGCCCACUGAAGUACAGCCCAUUGAAGUACAGCCCAUUGAAGUACAGCCCAUUGAAGUACAACCCAUUGAAGUACAACCCAUUGAAGUACAGCCCAUUGAAGUACAGCCCACUGAAGUACAGCCCACUGAAGUACAGCCCAUUGAAGUACAGCCCAUUGAAGUACAGCCCAUUGAAGUACAGCCCACUGAAGUACAGCCCACUGAAGUACAGCCCACUGAAGUACAGCCCAUUGAAGUACGGCCCACUGAAGUACAACCCAUUGAAGUACAGCCCAUUGAAGUACAGCCCAUUGAAGUACAGCCCAUUGAAGUACAGCCCACUGAAGUACAGCCCACUGAAGUACAGCCCACUACUGUAG